AUGUCUUCGCGUGGUGCAACACCCGGUUCGUUUCAUCGAACUGGAACACAAAACUCUAUCCAGCAUCAACAUUUAACGCUGUCACUGCGAACGAAACGACGUCCGUCAGUUCACCACGAAUACUAUCAUAAAAGAUUGUGGAAAUUUCUUCGACUCGUUCGUUAUGCAAUUCGUGUCUGUUUAAUCAUUCGAAAAUAUGCCAUUGAUUCCUUACGUGAACAGAAAGAAGAGUUGUGUGAUAAUACGGAGAUACUUUUCGAUUUAAGUAAAUUUCGGCGACCGGUUGAAGAAACAAUUGGAAGAAAUAUUCGAAAGAUUCUAAAAUCCGAUCCAGCAACAAGAACGGAAGAAGAUAUUCGUUUGGCUGUCGUCGGUCUCGGACAAACGAUUUCGUCGUUUACAGAAUUCCCACUGCAACGUCAAUAUGCAUUAGCACGUAUUGGUGUUUUAGAAGAAUUUGAAAGAGGUCGUGUUAUUCUCCGGGAAGGACAUCGUGCUAAAAAUUUCUACCUGAUUGUCGAUGGUGUCACCGAUGUUUAUAAAUUACGAGAAAAUCCAUUGACUCAUACGGUCAGUUCAAGACUUGUUGCUGCACUUAAAAAAGGCAGUUCGUUCGGUGAAGUCGCACUUAUCAAUGAUCAACGACGAACAGCUACAGUCAGUUGUCAUACAGAUGUGACAAUGCUAGCCAUUGAACAAGAAGAUUUCAUAAAAAUAUUCAUGGCACAUGAUACAGAGACAGAACCUGAUUUUAUCACAUUUCUAAGGCAAAUUCCUCAGUUUCGUGGAUUUCCUAUAGACAAAAUUCCUCACAAUAAUCCUAACAUCUGUCAAGUUGUCUACUAUCGAGCCGGAACAUUAAUGUGCAAAGAUUCGAACGAAGACGAAUGGAUUUAUAUUGUUCGCACGGGCUCCUGUCGAGUCAUCAAAGCGCUGACACAAGUGACACCAAAAUUGAAAACUUUGAAAAAGCCACGUAUAAUUUAUGACAACUUCGGCUCACAACGUGUUUCAGAAUACAGUAUGAAAGCAUUGGGCGCAUUUAACAAACCUAAAACACCUGUUGCGACAGCCAGAUGUUAUACAGAAAUUGAACAAAUUCGCGAAAAGAGUGUAUUUGGUUUGGUCAGUGUUGUUUUCGGUCAACUCAAAAACGCGCUCAGUGUUACAUUAGUCUCCGAUGGAGCCGAAUGUAUUCGCAUACUUAAAAGUUUCUUUAUUAAAAUGACGCCGGAAAGUUUAUUUGACCGAUUGCGACGAGAAGUUCGACCCUAUGUCACUGACGAAGAAUUACAAAAAAAAUUACAACUUCAAGUAUCAGUCCGAUCAUUCAAUGAUGAUGACUAUGGAUCAAUCGUCUGGUAUGUUCAACGAAGUAGAACUCUUGAUGAGUACAUCGAAGAAAUAUUUCUAGGCUUUGGUAAUGCAUUGAUUUAUCCUGAUAUUGACUGGAGUGUAUUCGAAAACGCUGAUCGAUAUUUACUACGCGAUGAUAGUGCUUGGAUAACACGUUUGAGCCAAGAUUUCUGGUGGAAUCUUGAACGUAUUUCCGAAUUAUCGAACAAGCCACUCCAUCUAGUCGAGCAGCUCAAUUCAAUGAAAAUAUCUUCUCAACAACAACAACAGCAACAACAAAUUCCUUCGUCAUCAUCAAUGCAAUCGAAUGGUAACCCAACACGGAAAAUAGUCGGCCAACGUUCGCCAAUCACUCGACCAAAUCCGAAUAACAUUCCAGACAAAGCGCAUUUCUCAUCAAUCUACGAUCAAGAUAUCGAAUAUAAUCCAUUUCAAUCGAAGAUCACGUUUGAUAAUAAUAUCUGGACAAAUUAUUCUCAACAAGCAAUCCCAUGGCAAUAA